CGCACUUACCUCUCGUGACUUUGCCGUCGUCCAUUGACGAUCACCUCAGAACCUGUUCUUUCUCCCUUCGUCUGCUCUUCCAUUAUUGCCUCUUGGCAACACUCGCACAACACACACUUGUGAAAUUAUUUUAUAUAAAAUUACAAUACGACGAUUCCGUGGCACAUUUCCCAUAUUUAUCGCGUUUCGUUAGAUAUAAUACAUCGUAAUCGAAGAAACGCGAAGUAUUCGUCCGCUGUCUCGUAAAUUAGCGCAACGAGCUAAUAAUUUGUAUAUGGAAUUCCCUUAUCGCGUUUCCUUUUCGAAUUGCGCGUGACAUUCAUCUCGAGAAAUCACCGCGGAAAUCAACGAUAAGAUUACGGACUGCGACAGCUAAUUAAACGCGAUCGAUUGAUGUUAACAGCUCUCGUAGGAGACGAUUGCGUCGCGGGAAACGACGCGAAGACACGCGGGACAUCCGUUACACUCGACUGUGCCGCGCCGACUGAUUAGACACAAUAAAAACAAACUUUUUUUCGAGGUGUUCACGGCGCUACGUCAUUUCUCGGCGCUCUGUUUUCGACGGAGUUCUUUAAUUGUUUACGGCGCUCGGUCACGCCGUACGCAGAUCAUUCACGCGGCGACAGUUGAACGAGUCAGUUACGCCCGCGCCGUUCCGCACGUCGUAUUACUCUUUCUUGAUAAGCGAAAUUACGGGAAGAAACCGCGGAAUCACACACAAGUGCUGGUCAGAAUGCAGAGCUUUGAGUCGAACAUCGUCGCGACAAAUGCUGGAUGCCGAUGUUUUUUUGACAAACCCAAGCGCCAUACGCAAUUUGAUAUAUAAGGGGCAUACCAUCGUUGCGCCCUUGCUGAGAUCGGACGGCAUGUACAGUAAUUUUUGGGCCGGAAUGACGGCGGAGCAUUACUACUUGCGGACGGAGCUCUACGAGCCGAUUCUAUUUCGCGAGAAAACGGGAUGCCAUGCUGUGCCCAUGAUCCAUAGUGCGGUUCUCGUAGAUCUGAGAAGACUCUACUCCGAUCGUCUCAGUUAUAAGGCCGAAAAACUGACGAGAUACGACGGUCCGGUGGACGAUAUCAUAACUUUCGCCAUAGGAGCAAAUAAAUCAGAUGUGCCAUUGUUCGUGUGUAACGACGACGUCUAUGGCUUUGUCAUGGUGCCUUUGGAGAAUGACGAGACUAUUGCAGAAGAUAUGCAACGGUUGAUUAAUACUAAGGUGGAAAUGUUGGCAUUUAGCGACUAUCUGCCGUUGUCAAACGAUUUGAGAGAAUUCGUGGUGUAUCCGGAAAAGGACACGCUGGGUCUGGACCGCAUCUAUAUGAUAAAUCUAUUAAGGAGACCGGAGAGACGUAAAAGGAUGCAGACACUUUUCAAGGAACUCGGUAUUCGAGCAGAAAUUAUUGAUGCCGUGGAUGGUAGGACUUUAAACGAGAGUUCCCUAAAGGAAUCGGGCGUGGUACCGAUGCCAGAAUAUUCAGAUCCUUAUCAUAAAAGACCGAUGACAAUGGGCGAGAUUGGCUGCUUUCUCAGCCAUUACUUUGUAUGGCAGAAGGUACUGGAACAUGGAUACAAAAGCAUAAUGGUGUUGGAAGAUGACGUUCGCUUUGAACCGUUUUUCCGGCAGAAAGUCGAUUACGUUUUAGCGGAAUUGUCUGAUCUUGGAAUCGAGUGGGAUUUGAUAUAUAUGGGAAGGAAAAGAUUGGUGAAAUCAGAGAAUUUAGUGAACGGAUCCAAGUUCCUGGUACGGGCGGGAUACAGUUACUGGACUCUCGGUUACAUUUUAUCGGAUAGCGGAGCGAAGAAACUGAUCGGUGCUAUGCCUCUCGGGAAAUUAAUCCCAGUUGAUGAAUUCCUUCCUAUUCUUUCAGAUACGCAUCCUGAAAAACAGUGGGCGGCUCAAUUUCCCACUCGGGAUUUGAUUAUAUUAUCGACGAAUCCACUUUUAGUUUAUCCGACGCAUUAUACCGGCGAGGAUGGACACAUCAGCGACACGGAAGAAUCGAAACUCGUGCAAGAUACUUCCACGCUUAUGGAUUUGGAAAAUCGCGAGGAACUAUAAUCAAAGAGAAACCGUGAGAUAGAACAAAAUAGCAUUUAUCUAGUCGAAGAAGUCAACUGCCAACAAUCUAUUAUAUAAAUUUAAUAACAAACGGAAAACGACUUUUUUAACACAAAAUAUAGAGAUAUGUAUGUAAAUCAAGGAUUUUUUCUGUUUAAUAGAAGCGACAAAAUUUCAUUCAAAUCGAAGCAACUUGAAUUAAAUCAAAUCAAAGGAUUUAAAUAUAUAUUUUUUAAGUAAAAAUAUAAUUAUUAUUAGAUUAAAUUUUAAUACAUAACAAAUAAGAAGAUAGUAUAAUUGAAUACAUAAUAUUAAUUAGUUUUAUGGUAAAAACAUAUUUAAAUUGGGUAAGUGUAAGCAGUAAUACUGACAAUAACACUUUGCCAUCAUUCUAUACAUUUACCGCCUAACAUAACAAGCGGCGUUAAAUUCUCGUGACUGGUUUAGAAUCUGUUUUGCGUACAAAUAGGUACUACUCUGGAGUCUGAAAUUAGUUCUAAGAUAUAUUUAUAGCGUACGGAGUUUUUUUUUUACUGUUUGUUAUAAAAGAACGACGGAAAAUAUUGUCUUAUGUCACGUCUGCGUAUUUGAUAAGUAUUUUUUAAAAAUACAGAAUACUUUUUUAAGGCAUCUUUGGUGAUUACAAGUGGUGAUCCAGUUUUUCUCUACAUAUUUCUUAAUCUUAUUGUUAGUAAACAAUUUUUAUUUUUCACUAUGCGAUUGUUGGCAACGCUAUAUGUCCAAAUCAAUUAGAAAGGGUUUUCAGUCUAAUUUUCUAAAGAAAAUGUAAAUGGUUCAACGAAAAAGAAGAAAAGUUGAUCCUGCAAAACGUGCAAUGAGAACGGAGUGGCCGACUUGCAUUUCUGUUUGUAAAUGCUUGGCGUGAUGAACAUGAAAGGGCUUAUUAGAGAUGAUAAGGAAGACGGUUAUUUAUGCCCAUAUAGACGUACAUACGAGCAAUAUUGCUCAUAACACUGCCAGAUUUAGAUAUGUUUUUAUAAAUUUGUUUAAUAAAUGCGUUUUUUAUAUAAA